AUGACGAUGUUGAUGGCCUGGACUUCGAAUCGAUCGAUCUUGAUGAUGAAGAACCGCGUCCGAGACACUUCAAACAAACAGGAAAGCGCAAGGCCCAACCCAGUCACGACAAUGACGACGCAAGCAUGCCCCGAGCAGUGCGCCAACGACCCGGAUUGGAAGAGUCAAGUGCGCCGGAUGACAUCUCUUCACGUCGAGCCAACGAAGAUGAAGAAAGGAAGUCGGAGGAACAACAUGACACACCGACUUCCUCCGCGUUUUGGCAUGCGAGUGCAAACGCCGUCGAAGCAGCGGUCGAUUUUUUCGGAGCCGUCGACAUUUGAAGAAGCAGUGUCUGGCCCGGACCAAGUACACUGGCGCAAGGCAAUUGAUGCGGAGCUCGAUUCGAUGAAGCUUCGCGGUGUCUUUCGUGCGGCCAAGUUACCCAACGGACAAAGCGCCAUUGGCACAAAGUGGGUCUUCAAGAUCAAGCGCACGGCAGAUGGGUCGAUCGAGAAAUACAAGGCACGACUUGUGGCCAAGGGUUUUCGCCAAAAGUAUGGCAUCGACUACACGGAGACGUUCUCGCCCGUGGUCAAGUAUGUGACGCUGCGAAUGGUCAUCGCCAUUACCAAGCACUUUGGAUGGCCCCUCGACCAGCUCGAUGUGGUGACUGCGUUCCUGUAUGGAGUGAUGAAGGAGAAGGUGUUCUGCGCUGUUCCGGAAGGCGUCAAGAUGGAAGGUGAUUUUGACUGUCUCGAGCUGAUCAAGGCGAUCUACGGUCUCAAGCAAGCCUCGCGUGUUUGGAACGAGACCUUCGACGAGUUCAUACGCUCGAUUGGUUUUCAAGCGUCGGGAUUCGAUCCAUGUCUCUACAUCAUGACUUCGGAAGGCCAUUGUGUUUUUGUGCUGGUCUACGUGGACGAUGUCUUGGUGACUGGAAGCUCGCUCGAGAUGAUUGCGCGCACCAAGAACGACCUCAAGACACGCUUCGAGAUGACGGACAGCGGCAAGUGUGCCUUUGUUCUUGGGAUCGAGUUAUUGGACGGUGAAGAUGGCAGCGUGACUAUGUGUCAGCGCCGUUAUGUCGACGAUGUCCUCAAGCGCUUUGGAAUGGAUGAGUGCAAGGCUGUGGCAAGUCCGGUGGACGUCAGCUCUCGACUGGUUCCGAGCAACUCUGCAAGCAAGAUGGAUGUCCCAUUCCGUGAAGCAGUGGGUGCUUUGAUGCAUCUGACGACUGCAACGCGACCGGACAUCGCCUAUGCUGUAAGCUUUGUGUCACGGUUCAUGGAGAAACCCCAAGAAGAACACUGGGUUGCAGUCAAGCGCAUCUUCCGCUACCUACAAGGCACCAAGAUGCAUGGAAUCUGCUACAAGCCAAGUGCGAAGAUCGACUUUCGUGGCUAUUCAGAUGCAGACUGGGCCGGUGACCUUGCUGAUAGCAAAUCGACGUCCGGCUACGUCUUCAUGCUAUUGGGUGCUCCAGUGAGUUGGGGCAGCAAGAAACAGCCAAAAGGACCCGAGCUCGUCAUCCGUGAAGACAACCAGUCGUGCAUCAAUAUGACGAAGAAUCCGGUCAACCACGGCCGCGCUAAACACAUCGACAUCAAGUACCAUCACAUCCGUGAUGAAGUCAAGCGCGGCGAAGUGAAGCUUGAAUACUGCGAGACGACGUUGAUGUUGGCGGACAUCAUGACGAAGGGACUUCACGGACCGCGUCACAAGGACUUGACGGCGGCGCUUGGCAUCCGUGCGUGUUCGGAUUGA